UUGUACCUUUUACGAAAUAUGGAUUUCAAGUGAAAUUACGAUCCACCAUGCACGUCAUUGCAUUGUUGUGCGUCGUCAGCCUGGUCGGCUCGGCAUUCAGCCAACACAAACCUCACCAGGAGAGCCUGAUAAACCUUCUGAAGCAUGUACACAGGCAGCCGUACUUCCACCAGCUCCCCGAGUCCGAACAGCUCCUGCUGGUGGAGCUGCUGGCAGAGGGCCAAGUGGGUCAACUCGACCACUUCAUAAAGACAGUGGGCGCAGACAGAAUCCGUACACUCGCUAACCAUCUCCCUGACAACGAGAAGCAUCACUUGAUUCAAUACAUUAAGACGCACCACGAAAGCACGAAGCCGCCGCUGCACGUUGUGACGACGACAUCGUCCUGGUUGAGACGUCGACGUGUCAUCACAAAACAGUGACAGUGACACCCAGCUGUGGGCUUCCUCUCCCUGGUGCAGAAAUACACACACCACUCACA